AUGUCUCUCGACGUCUAUCAGGCCUUUUCCCGCAAGUCCUUCUUCGUGACGGGGGGGAGCGGUUUCAUGGGAAAAGUCCUCCUGUUUAAGCUGUUGAAGGAGUUCCCGGACCUUGAGGCCAUCUACGUCCUGAUCCGGGGGAAAACCUCACGUAAGCUGAAGCGCUACGUCGGGCCGCAAGAGCGUCUCGAAAAGGAGGUGUUGGGCUCACCCUGCUUCGAUCCACUGCGAGAGUCCCUGGGCGCGGAGGGUUUUAAACUGCUCAGCUCGCGCGUCGUUGGGGUGGAAGGAAACAUCAACGAGGAUCGCCUGGGUCUAAGUGACAAGGAUUGCCAAAUGAUUUUAAAGUCGGUGCAUUACAUUGUGCACAUGGCAGCCACGGUCAACUUUGAUGAGCGACUUAACGUGGCAGUGGACACAAACACGUUGGGCGGCCUGCGCGCCCUUGCCAUCGCCAAGGAGUGUCGAAAGCUGGAGGCCAUGGUGCAUGUUUCCACCUGCUACGUGAACCAUAACCGUCAGGGGAGCACGGUGGAGGAGUGCCUGUAUCCGCUGCCGUUUGAUCCGGAGGCGAUGUGCAAGUCUAUUCUCUCCUUAAAUGAGCAGGAGGUGGAUGAGGUCUCCGCGAGGCUGUUGAAGAAGUACGGCUUCCCGAAUACGUAUACAUUUACUAAAUCCAUGGGCGAACAGCUGGUCUACGCGCGACGCGGGAAGUGCCCCGUGUCGAUUGUCCGCCCCUCGAUUGUGGGCUGCAGCUACAAGGAGCCAGUUCCGGGCUGGGUGGACGCCCUCACGGCAGCCGGGGGCCUGCUGUUAACCGUAGGACUGGGCGUGGUGCAUGAGGUUUCCAGCCGCGGGGACGCCAUUUCUGACAUUGUCCCUGUAGAUUUUGUGGUCAACACGAUUAUCAAGGUGCUGUUCAAGACGCAGUACCAUUACAGGGGGCAGCGCGCGAAGGCCGCGAAUGCAGAGCAACCCCAGCGGCGUGAUGUGAGCGGAACGCUUCUGAACGCCUUGGCGAAGACAGAGCUGUCAAAGAAAAAUGUCACGGCAGUUGUGGAGGGCGUCGCACCGUUGACAGUCGUCACGACACAGACGCAGCAGCAGCAGCUACAGCAACAGCAACAGCAACGAUCGCAACCGCAAACGGAGCAGGAUGUUACUGUUUCCACUUCUGUAGUGGGUUUAAUGCCAUGUGAAACACCAGGAGUUUCGCUUCCAUUUGUGUACCAUGCCGCGACCUCGUCGUCGACCAAUCACCUUACAUGGAAACGCCUCCGGGAUGCCACACGAGCUUAUUGGAACAGAAAAAGCAAACACCCAAAGGCGUUGUCUUUCAUGACAGGGGCCCUUAUUGAAUCCGACCUUGAGUUCAUGCUGCGUUUCUUUCUCUUCCGCGAGGUGCCGUAUCAGUUGCUUCGCCUUGUGGCGCAUCUUCCUCACCCAGUUGGGUCUAGGGAGAAGCAACGCCUUGUUGAGAAGCUUGGCCGGGCGCUGUAUCGCUCAAGGGAGUUGAACCGCCAGUUCCGUGCCUUUACCAUGCACGAGUGGGUUUUUGCGACAAGGCAAACUCAAUCCUUGGACGAUGACCUGAACGAGCGCUCUCGCUCCGCCUUUUACUUUGACACAUACAUGAUCAACUGGUGGUUUUACGCGCAGGUGUACGCCCACGGUCUCCUGAAAUACAUUGUCAAGGACACGGCCGGUUUUGAGCCUCCGGAACAGCCGGCCGCCCCAACCGAGAUCUUCAGGAGGGCUUCUUCGCUGUAG